CGACACAAUAAUAAAAAUAAAACAAGCAGUAGGAAGCUCUUCUAUUCUUUUCAUUCAUACUCAACAUAACAACACCAGUCUCCUUCCUAUCCUUUUUUCCAUUUUUUUUUUUACUCUAUAAAUUCAAUACCAAUCCACUCUACAACAUACAUACCUUUGUCAAAAAAAGUCAACAGAAAAAAAAUAAAAGUCGAUACUAUGGGAAGUAAUUUAUCAAAGGCGCUUUCAAAACUGUUUGGCAGUAAGGAAAUGCGUAUUUUAAUGUUGGGUCUCGAUGCAGCUGGAAAAACGACCAUUCUUUAUAAGCUUAAAUUGAAUCAGUCUGUUACAACCAUUCCAACGGUGGGAUUCAACGUCGAAUCAGUGACUUAUAAAAACGUCAAAUUCAACGUUUGGGAUGUAGGAGGACAGGAUAAAAUUCGAAAUUUGUGGAGACACUAUUAUACAGGCACGCAGGGACUCAUCUUUGUCAUUGAUUCUCAAGACCGCGAUCGCAUUGAUGAAGCUCGCCAAGAACUACAUCGUAUUCUGUCAGACCGAGAAAUGAAAGAAUGUUUAUUACUCGUCUUUGCAAAUAAACAAGAUUUGCCAGGAGCUAUGUCACCUCAAGAAGUAACAGAAAAAUUAGGCCUGGACAAAAUGAAGGAAAGACCGUGGUAUGUUUAUCCUUCAUGUGCAACAACAGGUGAAGGCCUAUUCCAAGGCUUGAAUUGGUUAAGUCAAAAUGUGAAAUCAAAGUAAAAAGAAGAAGAAGCAGCAACAGCGUCUCUUUGUUUAUUUUGGUAGUUAUUUUUCCUUUGACACACACACACACACACACACACACUACAACAUAAUUAACACAUAUACACUCUCC